AUCAUAAAUAUUUAUUUUUUAGAUAACCAACAACUAAAAAUAUAAAUAUAUAUUAUUACCCGCUGGUUGAUAUUUAGAAUUCAUAUGUUCUUAUGUUGUUAUUUUUUGUUGGUACCAGCUACCAAACAGUACAAAACGUCAGGAAACCAUCACUGUAUUGUUAUGUGUAAUUUGUAAUUUGAAGACGCGCUAUUAUUCUAACUUCUAACACUGAAGUCAAAUUAAAUUAAUCCGUUAUCAUUAGUAAUUGUGCAUCAUGGGACGCAAGAAAAUUAAUAUAUCCAAAAUCACAGAUGAACGAAACCGCCAUGUGACGUUUAACAAACGCAAAUUUGGUGUCAUGAAGAAAGCUUACGAGUUAAGUGUAUUAUGUGAUUGUGAAGUAGCAAUCAUUAUUUUUAACAAGUCCAACAAGUUGUACCAGUAUGCUAGUACAGACAUGGAUCAAGUAUUACUUAAAUAUACUGAAUAUAGUGAACCACACGAAUCAUUAACAAAUACCAAUAUAAUUGCUCAAUUAAACAGGAGAGGAGAUGGUCCUAAUUCUCAAACUGUUGAUUCAUGUGUUAAUGAAGAGGAGCCUAAUACUAUAGCUCAACCCAAACAAUUUAAAGUAAUGUCCACUCCUAGAAUUAAACUUAAACACAACGAUAUUUCUGAUGAAGAAUUCAGAAUACUUAUGACACAUGAGAGAAGAGUAAUGGGUAAUGAGUAUGAAGGAGAUUAUGAUGAAGAUAUACAUGAAAUUGAAUGUGAAUUUAUUCCUGACAUUUCUGAAAACAAACUUCCAGAAGCUAUAAGAAAAAUGCGAGAUAAUAAUUCUAUUGAAAAUACUAAACGAGUUACUUCCAGUGACUCAGAUAUAAGUGACGAUGAGUUAAAAAUUGACAGUGGCGCUGAUGAUGAUUUUGAAGAAAUAGAUGACAAUUUACACACCAAAAAUAUAGAAAGAUAUAUUUCUCCAGCCACCUCACGAAAACAAAUUUUGCCAAGUAACUUAACAACUGAUGAUGAACUCAAAGUCGCAAAAAAUGAUAAUGUUAAAAUAAUUGAAGAUGGCAACAAUCCGCCUGAAGUGAAAAGCAAUGCAAAACCAAAAUUAAUGUCAAAUGUGCCAAAACCACCAUUAAUACCAAAUACUCACUCAAGUUUAGAUGCAAUUCAAAAUAAAUCUGUUAGAAGUCAACCUAGGAAUAAUAUUAUGAGGUACCGUCCUUAUAAUAUUCUACAAACUUCUAAGAAAAUUGUAAAAAUACCACCACAAAAAUCUUUGGAAAUUCAAAAUAAUGCAUCACUAAAUGGACAAACCUCAAAGCAGGAACGAAGAGUUUAUGCAGGUUUUAAACAACGUAUACAGGUCAAAAAAGAUUUGUUAAUGACUCCAGAUAAUAAAAUCAAUAGUGCACAAACGUCACUAAAUAGUGAUACAAAUGAUUCUUAGAAUUACAUGUAAAUUUUGAAUUUUAACAUUCCAAAUUUUAUUACUUUUAUUUUAUACAUUUUUUUUUAAGACUGUACG